AUGAUGUAUCUGGAACGGGAUUUUCAAUACUACCAUGAUAGUGUUUUAAAUUUCACUGCAAUUGAAAUACCCUAUAAAAACCAUGCUUUCAAAAUGAUCAUUUUAUUGCCCGAUGCUAAAGAUGGUUUGAAUAAUCUGGAGAAUAAUAUUUCAAAAUUUAAAUUACAUGAUAUUUCAAAGAAAAUGAGCCAGCGUUACCUAAGUGUAAGAUUACCUCGUUUCAAAAUAGAACAGUCACUGCAAUUAGAUGAAACAUUAUCCAAUCUUGGAUGUCCAACAAUGUUUUCACAAGCGGCAAAUUUCUCUAACAUUGUUGAAGAUGGUAAACUGAAAGUGAGUAAAGUUUUGCAUAAGGCAUAUAUCGAUGUAGAUGAAUACGGAACUGAGGCUGCAGCAGUUACAACUGCUAUCCAAUAUCAACAACAGUGUGUAAUGUCAUUUAUAGAUGUCAAUGUUGAUCAUCCGUUUAUGUUUUUUAUUUCAACUAGAUGUAAUAGCAUUUUAUUUGUAGGUCGAAUGACCAAAAUUGAUUAA